UUUUCAUUCUUUUCAUAUGUAAUUAUCUAAGAAAUUGUAAAUUGCUUUUCAGUUACAUUUGCAUAUCUAAUAUCUGAUAUCUAAUUGUAAUUGCACAAUAACCCUGGUUUGCAAGUAAGAAAGUCAGGAGUUCCAUAAUUAUCCUCAAUAUCACAAUUUUGCAAAUUUUCUAAAUUUUGAUGAUUAAAAACUUGAAUUAAUUCUAAGUAAUUGCCCAGCCCUAAUUUGUUGCUUGUAGAAGAUGAUCAAAUCUUUACUGACAGAAGACAAGAUGAAGGUUGGCCAUCUCUGGACCUCCGCGCUGCUUGUGAUGGCAGUGCUGUGUCUGACUGUGAACGCUGAUAGUAAAACAUGUGAAAAUGAAAUUAAAGUCCGCCGCCACACAACCUAUGAGGCUGUACUUGGAGGGCAAGUGACGAUUGCCUGCCCUGUACGAUUUUGUAAUGGACACACUCAGACAAUCAAAUGGUUUAAACUGGAAGAACAGUUUGUACAACUGAACUUGAGAGACCAUAUUCAAACAGAGUGGAAGGGAAACAAUAAUGAGGGGACAGACUUUUUAAUAUUUAACAACGUCCAAAGCAGAGAUUUAGGAACGUAUCACUGUCGAGUUGGAACAGAUGUGAGUCAUACAAUCAAUGUUACACUGAAAGGUGACCAUGUGAAUGACACUUUUCAGACACAUCAAAGUGACACUGCCAAUGACACUUUUCAGACACAUCAAAAUAGCACAUCCACUGACAACAAUGACAACAGGCAUUUGUGGCUUUACCUUUAUACUACUGUGGGGAUUGGAGGAAUUGUCAUUAUUGUUACAGUCAUAUCUAUUGUAUCAAUACGAGGAUGCAACGGUGAAAGUAAGAAGACUCAAAAUGAAAACCUGUAUAUGGACAUCCCCAUGGUGGAACAGCCAGUCCAUCACUCCAGCCAUCACACGUUACCUAGAGCCAGCCCCCAUGCGCCGCCACCUCACCGAACCAGCAGGAAAAAGCAGUCGCCUUCCAUUCCUCCUCAGACGGACAAUAAUUAUGGACAUAGACCCAGGGAGGAGGGAAGUUCUGUUGUGUAUGCUGCUUUGAACCAUGAGCACCUGGCAGCCGCUUCUGCACGACCCAGGGCGGUAGUGGAGGAAAGUUCUGAGUACUCUGCCAUCAAGAUCUCCUAAAAUUAAGGACAUAUUAUUUUACUAAGUGACUGUUUUUAGCUCUUCUAAGAACUCCUGAUGAAUUAGAAAAGUACAAGACCGGACUGAAUUCAAAACAGUCCCAGAAACGAUGUAAUAUAUGAAAACUAUUACUAUUAUGACUGAAAAAUUAUUUGCUUUUAAAGGUCCUAUAUUAUACAAAAUGUGCGCUUUAAGCCAUGUUGUUACCUCAUCAAAAACAUACCCAGAGUUGUGUUUUGUUUCACUCACACAUUUGAGUAAACCUGCAUUAUCAGUCUGUCUGAAAGUUUUACCUUUUGUUUAGCAGAGAUUGGCAAUUCUAGAUCUGAAAUCAUCCAAAUGAUUCUAGUGAAAAUGUGUGGAGUUUAAAAACUCAACAGAGCAGUUCCUAUAUUACCACAUGACAAAGUGGAACUGUGAGUUUCCAUAUAAGAAAAGAACUCAGCCUAAAUAUGCAGAAUUUGUGUGUUAAACAUGUAUGAAGGAAACAAAACACAACUCUGGGUAUGUUUUUCACAAGGAAACAACAUUACAACAUAAAUCAGAAAAUAGAGCAAUAUGGGCCCUUUAGGCUCUUGAUUGAUUGCGAUAUGGAUGACUUGGGCCUUUAAAAAACCUUACAGUAUGGGUAAACACUAUAACGGACUUUCAUAUUUAAUUACAACCUCAUAACUUUAAAAAAAUCAAGUUCUUAUAGAUGAAUCCUAAAUAGCAAUCAUUAGUGUUGUACUUUUGUUUGGAAGGUCACUGCUAGUUUCUGUUCUUUCUUUCAGAAGCUUUUAUUAUAGACCUUAAACUUAUUAUAAAAACAUUUUUGCAUAGCUCAAAAUAAAAUCAAUAAGAUAAUUCAUUGUAAGUAAGUAAUAACAUUUGUAGAAAAUAUGAUAUGAAUUAAAUUCCAACCUUUUACACAGUGGGCUAACGCAAUCCAACACCAAAACAGUAGAUUAUGUCGUAUCUUUAAAUUAGACACUAUCAGAACAAGCAGACAAAUUCCAAAUUAGGAUUUAAUUAUGGAAAAUUAUGAAUCUACCUGGAAUUGGAACAAAAUAAAAUAAAAUAAAACCUGUCCAGUCAGCAAAAAAAAAUAAGCCAAAAACAGACCAAUCAUAGAAAAGGAAAAUAAAUGUAUCUAUUUGAACUAUGUGUUGCAUGCACUUAUCCAGAUCUUGUCAUUUAUGUAUUUUCUAUCAAAUCUGAGUGUCUAAUGAAGGUUACAAGGCAGGUUAAUUUUAAUGAUUUUAUAUAAUGAUUGACGAAUGUCGUAACAGCAUAUUUGUGCAAUAAAAGUAUCAAUCAUUUGUAGCUUA